AUGGACUUCCAAAUCUUUGCCCUGGUGAUGUUGUUCCUGGCCUGCGUGGAGCAGGGCCUGGCCUCCUGCGUGGUGGACAGUUUCACAGUCAAAGAGGACUUCGACCCCCAAAGAUAUGCAGGAAAAUGGUACGCUCUGCAGAAGAAAGAUCCAGAGGGUUUGUUCCUGCAGGACAACAUUUCUGCUGAGUACACUGUUGGAGACGAUGGGUCCAUGGUGGCCUCCUCCAGGGGCAGGGUCACUCUCUUUGGGUUCUGGGUUGUGUGCGCUGACAUGGCUGCUCAGUACUCAGUGCCUGACCCCGGCACCCCCGGCAAGAUGUUCAUGAACUACCAGGGACUGGCCAGCUACCUGUCCAGCGGAGGUGACAACUACUGGGUCAUUGACACAGACUAUGACAACUACGCCAUCACCUACGCCUGCCGCACCCUGAAGGAGGAUGGAAGCUGUGAGGACGGCUACGCCCUGAUCUUCUCCCGUAACCCCCGCGGCCUCCCCCCUGCCAUCCAGAGAGUCGUCCGCCAGAAACAGGAGGAAAUCUGCAUGGCCGGACAGUUCCAGCCCGUGCUGCAGUCCGGUAUGUACUCAACCUAUGAUGCUCUGAUGCUCUGA